AUGGAGACGGAGGUGACGCUGCAGCCGUCCCAAGGAACGAGCGGCUUAAGCCUGGAGCAGCCGGUGGAGAAGCGAAGGUCCAAUCGACGCCUGGAGGAUGGAUGGACGCUGCAGGAGCGGCUUGCGACCCUGCUGUCCUGGGAUGAGGGCGCGAGGACUCUCGCGCUGAAGCUUUACAAUCGCUUCUGCGGCGACUGCUGGGAGCUUCCACCUUUGCUGCAGCUGCUGGAGGAGCGCUGGGGUUUCCCUCAGCGCCUUUGGCCGCUGCUUUGGGCGCAGAUGCGCCGCGCCGUGGCGCCCGGCGGCGCCGCCGCGCUGCCCAUGCGGCGCAUCGCCGGGGUGGAGGCGCCAGAGUUCAUCAGCAAAGAGCAGUGGCUCGAGGCUUUCACCAGGUGGCUGCAUGCGCUGCAAGCGCGUCUGGGCCCACUCAAGGUGUCCCGGAAGAUGAUGGUCCGCAGGCAUCAGAGUUGGGACGUGAGCCCGGAAGAGCAGUACUACUUCCAGGGGCCCAAGCUGGGCGAGGGCGCGUACGGCGAGGUCUACGCCAUGUUCCACCGGUCCCUAGGCGUGAGGCGCGCGGUGAAGAUCAUCCACAAGAGCCGGUUGAGCGUGUCCUGCGGCGUCGCGGAGGACGAGGCCGGCACACCCGGCGAGCCCUGGCCGGCGCGGGGCUGGAGGCCGCAGGCCGCCGGCCAAAUGAUAUGCAAACCCGCAACAGGCGUAUAUCCACGGCCCUCAAAUGAGAAGCGCUCGCUGAAACAGGUGCUGAGUAUGGAGGAGGUGGCCAAGCACAACACCAAGGAGGAUUGCUGGGUGGUGCUUUAUGGCAAGGCCUACGACCUCACGAAGUUCGCCAAGGUGCACCCCGGCGGCGCCAAGCUGAUCACAGACGUGGCCGGCAUGGACGCCACGGCCCAGUUCGACCCCAUCCACCCCAAGGACAUCAUGGACAAGCUUCUGAAGCCAGCUCUCACGAUGGGCGUUGUGGAUGUGGCAACCAUCAAGCCGGAGCACGUGGCGAAGCCGCCUGAGGCGCACAAGCCCAAGCCCAAGAAGAAGGCGGUCAAGGCGGAUGCUGCGGAAGAGGAGGUCGAAGAGUUCAAGAAGCCGCCGCUUGCGGCUAUGCUGAACAGCUUCGACUUCGAGUCUGUUGCCCGGGAGGUGAUGGAGCCCCAGGCCUGGGGCUACUACUCCAGCGGCGGUGAUGACGAGAUCACGCUCCGCGACAACCAUUUGGCCUUCCAGAGGAUCACCAUGCGCCCACGGAUCUUGGUGAAUGUCCGCGAGAUCGACAUGUCUACGAAGAUCCUGGGGGUCCCGGCGUCGCUGCCGCUGUACUUCACCGCCACGGCGCUGGCCAAACUGGCACACCAGGAGGGAGAGCUGGCCAUUGUGAAGGCGGCGAAGAAGGCCGGGGUGCCGUACAUGCUACCCACGCUCAGCUCCUACACCCUGGACGAGAUGCUGGCCGCGCGUGCUCCGGAUCAGAUUGUCUUCUCCCAGCUCUACGUCAACCCAGAGCGGUCCCGAAGUGAGGAGUACGUCGCCAAGCUGGAGAAGGCCGGGGUGCAGGCCCUGUUCGUGACCGUGGACGCGCCCCAGCUGGGCCGCCGCGAGAAGGACAUGCGCAACAAGUUCACUCAGCAGGGCUCUGACGUGCAGGGUGACGAGGAGGACGAUGGCGGCGUGGAUCGAUCCCAGGGAGCCACCCGAGCCAUCAGCAGCUACAUUGACCCUGGCCUCAACUGGGAGGACGUGCCUUGGCUGAAGAGCAUCACCAAGAUGAAGGUGCUGCUGAAGGGCGUGCAAUGCGCCGAAGACGCAGUGCAGGCGUACAACGCUGGCCUGGCUGGCUGCGUGCUGUCCAACCAUGGCGGCCGUCAGCUGGACACCUGCCGUGCAGGCAUCGAGGUGCUGCCUGAGGUGAUGGAGGCACUGAAGGAGGCAGGCGCCACCAAGGAGACUUUCGCCGUCUUCAUCGACGGCGGCGUGCGCCGAGGCGGCGACAUCUUCAAGGCUUGCGCGUUGGGUGCUCAGGCCUGUGGCGCUGGCCGUCCCGUGCUCUACUCCCUGGCGUCCUACGGCCAGAACGGCAUCGUCCGCAUGGUCCACAUGCUGCAGGACGAGCUGCAGAUGGUCAUGCGCCUGGCCGGCACCCCCGACAUCCCCUCGAUCACGGAGAAGCACGUCAUCACCACCAACCUGGCAGACCACAUCGUGCCUUUGCCCGUGGACCACCUUACCAUGAAGACCUACCAGGGCUUGGAGCCAGCAGCGAAGCUCUAA